AUGGCGGAUAAGGAAUCGACCGUUUUCAUCAUUGACCUCGGCGCGUCCAUGAAAGCCGCCAAUGGAGGGCGCAAGGAGUCAGAUCUCGACUGGAGCAUGAGCUAUGUGUGGGACAAGAUCAGCAACGUCGUGGCCUCGAACCGCAAGACUCUGUGUGUUGGCGUUGUGGGACUCAGAACCGACGAGACCAACCAUACUCUGGCCGAAGAUGGUUACGAUCACAUCUCCAUCUUGCAACCGCUGGGGCCAAUAUCCAUGUCCGGCCUGAAGUCUCUGCAGCCCAAGAUACAGCCGAGCAAGACCACGGAAGGCGACGCCAUAUCGGCCAUUGUGAUUGCAGUCGAUAUGAUUGACACUUUCACCAAGAAGAACAAGUGGAAGCGGCAGAUAUGUCUCGUUACAGACGGUCAAGGCGAGAUAGACCCGGAUGAUAUCGGUGAUAUUGCGCGGAAGAUAAAGGACUCGAAUAUUGAGUUGACUGUCCUGGGUGUUGACUUUGAUGCUCCUGACUACGGCUAUAAAGAAGAAGACAAGCCAGCGAUAAAGAAACAAAAUGAAGAGACUUUAAAAAAGCUCGUGGACGGCUGCGGUGAAGACGCCAGAUUCGCCUCCAUUGUCGAAGCUAUUGAUGACAUGAAUGAGCCACGAGCAAAACCAGUCAAGCCAUACAAGACAUACGAUGGCACACUGACUUUGGGAGACCCAAAAAACGCCCCCGCAGUUUUUGAAGUCCGCGUUGAAAGAUAUUUCAAAACUCAUCUCGCUAGGCCGGUAACAGCCAGCACUGUGGUAGUCAAAGAGGAGCAAGCUGGGCCUUCGCAGGCGGCAGAUGAUGAGCAGAUGGACGGGGUAGAACUCACAGCCGUCAAGCAGUCCAGGACAUACAAAGUCAACGACCCAGAUGCCCCCGGCGGUAAGCGUGAUGUUGAGUUUGAAGCUCUGGCCAAGGGGUACGAAUACGGCAGGACAGCCGUGCACAUUAGCGAGUCUGAUCAUAACGUUACCAAACUGCAGACGCAGAAAAGCUUCAAAAUUAUUGGAUUUAUACCGAAAGAAAAGUAUGAGCCGCUUCUUAACCUCGGCGAGUCAUGUGUUACUAUUGCAGCCAAAUACGACGAGAAGUCGGAACUAGCAUUCAGCUCUCUAGUAUGGGCGCUGUCAGAGCUUGAUUCCUACGCUGUGGCCCGUCUUGUGACGAAAGACGAAAAGGAUCCUAUAAUGGUGCUGUUGAUGCCAUAUUUGGAGCCUAAUUAUGCUUGCCUCUAUGACGUCCCUCUACCCUUUGCAGAGGAUGUUAGGUCGUACCAGUUUCCUCCCCUGGACAGAGUUGUUACUGUUAGCGGCCAAACAAUCACCAAGCAUCGCCUAUUGCCAUCAGAUGAACUCAACCAGGCGAUGAGCGACUAUGUGGAUGCCAUGGACAUUUCCAACUAUGGCAUUGACCAAGAGGGAGAGCCAGCUGAAUAUGCCACCAUUGACGAGAUUUACAACCCUGCAAUACAUCGCAUCAAUCAUGCAAUCAAGCAGCGGGCAGUCCACCCGGAGAGACCUGUGCCCGAAAUACCGCCUGUCUUGCUCAGAUUCGCAGCGCCUCCGACAGAACUAGUAGAGACUGUCCAGGCUACGAUUGACUCCCUAAUUAAAGCUGCAGACGUGAAGAAAGGCGAGUAUACUGUUCACUCUCUGGCUAAGGGCAAGCGCCAAAGGGAAACCGUUAAGCCCAUCUCAGGCCUGGAUGUGGACGCUCUGUUAGGAGGAGAGAAGAAGGAAUCAAUCAGCCCCGAGAAUGCAAUUCCCGAUUUCAAACGGGCCUUGAACUCGUCAGAAGAAGUCGAGCAGAUUGCUGAUGCGACAAAGCAAAUGGGAGCAAUUGUGCAAUCUCUCAUCACGGACAGCUUUGGAGACAACAAAUACGCCCAGGCAAUGGAGAGCAUCGGUGUAAUGAGGGAAGAGCUGAUAAAUCUGGAAGAGCCCGGCCAGUACAAUGAAUUUGUGCGAGACUUGAAGAAGAAACUGCUCUCUGGAACUCUGGGUGGCGAUCGACGGGAUUUCUGGUUCAAGAUGCGAUGGGCGAAACUGGGCUUGAUCAUCCAGAGCCAGUCAGAGGCAUCUACGGUUACCCUUGAAGAGGCAGAUGAGUUUUACAAGUCGAGUUUCUCCAUCAUAGCGACUUCAUACCUUCCCUCAACUGGUCAAAAGCCCAACAGCUUCAACAUGCCUGGCUUGCCACUCGAAGCUCGCUUGGAGAAGCUUAGAAGCCUUGGAGUCAGCCUUGAGUAUGGCGAGCAUGUGCGAGAUGAGGUCAACUCUGAAGAUGAAUUUCCCACCGUGGUGCCGCCGCAAGAAGUGGGCAAGGAUGCUGUCCCAUACGAUGCUGGCCACGAUGCUUGGAAUUCCACUACCCAUCUGCCGACAAAGAAGCAGACUAAGCGCGAGGAGAGUAAAGAGUUACCUCCUCUGGUAUCCCUAGAUUGUUCGAAUUUCAUCACCGGAGAGCCUGCAGAGGAAAAUAUCGACUUUUGCUCCUGGAGAGUCAUCCAGACUUAUCCCGAUCACUUCAUUGGCAAGGCAAACGGACCUCGGGCCAAGCCAUUCUUUGACAAGAUUCUUGAGGGCAGAGUCUGGGACUUUUUCUAUGUUUAUCAUCCUGAGAAGCCUGCCGAGAAGCCUCGGGUGAUGGUACCCACGGUCCAGUUUGAAGGCUUCCUACGAAGCGUCAAUAGGGAACUCGGAACCGGUCUUACAAUUCCGGGAGGAACGAAUCAAGAUCGCUUCUAUAUGAGGUUUGGUCAGGGAGGCACUCCACGGCCUCGAUAUCUAAAGAGAUCGCGGGAUCAGAAAACCUUCGAAGUGGACAGAUUUCCCGAUUUUCAGCAAGAAGAUCGGGACAACUUCCUAAAGGCACAUGGCGCCCUUCAGCAAGACUGGGAAACCCUUUGGGGCAUGAUGGCACCAAAGCCCGCUUCCGCAGACAAGAAGAAUAAUAAGUCGAGAAAGGCCGCCCAAAGCAAACUGGACCGAGAACGAAUGCUUCACGAGACUCAGGACUUUCUUCAUCUGCGGGGUAGCAGCACUCGCACAGGUAAAGAUGUUGUUUUUGUUUGCAUGGACGUUGAAGCAAUCGAGAUGCCGCCGAAUCCCAUUUCUGAGAUUGGAUUAGCCAUCUUGGAUGUCAGAAGCCUCAAUGGCGUGAAACCAGGGCCCACUGGCAAAGAUUGGUGGCAGUUCAUCAAAGCUUACCAUCUACGAACCAAAGAAUACUCGGGCCUCGUGAACCAUCGCUUCGUUCGUGGAUGUCCCAGCUACUUCGAUUUCGGAAAGAGUACUUUCCCGGAAGAGUGUGAACUUCCCGAGGCGAUCGAAUCCGUCUUGAAGCCCUAUAUCAAGGACAAGCGUAAGCUAGUAUUUGUCGGCCACGAUGUUCGCCAGGAUAUCAAAUACCUCUCAAGCGUAGGUUUUGAAGUGCUGGCACUUCAGGGCCUCAUUGAGCAGCUAGACACAAAAGAGAUCCACCAGGCUUGGAGAGCGUCUGAGCAAGGAAAGGGACUUCAUCACGUUCUCAACGACUUGCUUAUUCAGAGCAAACAUCUGCAUAACGCUGGCAAUGACGCCGUGUUCACUCUCCGCGCCCUCAUCGGCGUUGCCAUUGAGGCCAUUAGAGAGAAGGAAGUAAAGGCGAAAGGAGAAGAAUACACACCGGCUCUGCUGGGCGUGCAGCAACAACAGAAACUGGAGAAUGAGGAUGAUCCCUGGGCAUAA